AUGGGAGUUUCGGACGGAGGCGACGGCGGAGAAGACCUUGCAGUAAUUGCAGAGAAGAGCAAGAUCAAUGGGUUCCCAGCAGGGUUGUGCACAACCGUAGGCAUAGGUGGGCAUAUAAUAGGAGGUGGGGACGGCACCUUGUUGAGAAAGUAUGGUCUUGCUGCAGAUAACGUUCUAGACGCAGUAAUCGUUAAUGCAGAUGGUAAAUUACUUAACAGAGCUGCGAUGGGAGAGGAUUUGUUUUGGGCGAUUAGAGGAGGCGGUGGAGGGACUUUUGGGGUAAUUCUAGCAUGGAAGGUCAAGCUUGUUCCCGUUCCUGAAACCCUAACCAUGUUCACCGUUACUAAAACAUUAGAACAAGACCCAGAAACCAAGAUUCUUUCAAAGUGGCAAAGAAUUGCCGACAAGCUCGUUGAAGAGCUCUUCUUACGAGUGAUGUUCAGAGUUGCGGGGGACAAGACACUGACCUUAGAAUACAAAGGUCAGUUUCUUGGCGAGAAAGGCACCUUGAUGGAGGUUAUGAAGAAGUAUUUUCCGGAACUAGGGCUAACUCAAGAGGAUUAUAUCGAAGUGAGCUGGAUUGAAUCCGUUCUUGCCAAUGCUGGAUUCCCAACAGAUUCUCCUCUGGAAGUUUUGCUUGACCCCAAGUUGUCUCCGUAUGUAAAAGUGUACUUCAAAGGAAAGUCAGAUUUCGCUACAGAACCCAUUCCGCCUUUUGGUCUCAAAGGAAUGUUCAAGAAAUUGGUUGAAGAAAACACAUCCUCUAUGUUUAUGAUUCCCUACGGUGGAAUUAUGGCAAAGAUUCCUGAAUCUGAGACCCCAUUUGCGCAUAGAAAGGGAACCAUCUUAAAGAUUCAUUAUGCCACGAUCUCGACGUCAGAGGACGGCAUAAGUUUAAACAAACGAACGAAAUGGAUCAGAGAAAUGUACACUUACAUGACACCAUAUGUCUCAAGCAAUCCAAGGCUAGCAUAUGUGAAUUAUCGUGAUCUAGACUUGGGAGCGAAUACGAAAGACUCGAAAGCUAACUUCAUAAAAGCACAAACGUGGGGAGCCCAGUACUUCAAGAACAAUUUCAACAGACUGGUGAAAAUUAAAACAAAGGUUGACCCAGAGAACUUCUUCAGGCACGAGCAGAGUAUCCCAUCGCUACCCUUCUCGAAGAGGCUAAGUUCAUGGUAA